GUGUCUACUUUGAAAACAGAAAGUUGAACACUGUUGUUGUGUUGAGUGUUGUUGAACAUGCCUUCCAAAAAGUGCCACUUACGCCCUUCUUUUGGCGAUUUGUGCGCGAAUUCAGAGAGAUAUGUUAUCCUUUUAACAUUUGAAGAUGUUUGUGGUGCUACUCGUGAAUCUUCAAGUUCAUUCCUGCAAGAAGUCUUCACAAACCUUUCACAAAUCAACCAUAAAAGUGAUAAGCUCAGCAUUCCACAAAGAAGACACCGCUUUGCCAUCGUGGAUCCCGCCUCCUGCCAAAACACAGAUGCUGAUUGGCUGACAGUAGAUGAUUUGCAUACAGGCUCCGCCUCUACAAAUGGCAGGAGGGCGUCUGGCAGAGUUGAUGGUUUGCCAGAAGGGCAGGACAAUUCGGACAAGAGGGAAACUGAUGAGAUUAACACAGGUGGACUUGACGUCGCAUUUUCUGAAGCGAUACAUGCCUUGGCAGACAAACUUCCUCUUACUGGGCAUUAUUUGGACAUCAUAUGGCUCACUACAACCAGUACAGAUGUGCCAAUCACAAGUCACAUUUCACUCUACGGAGCUCUGCAGCGACUGUGCUCCUGGCAUGCAGGCCUCCUCACCGUAGUCUGUGAGGACGCCACCCCUGACAAACCCCUCAACGAUACCCUGAACGAAUGGGUGAACCAUCUGCAGGGGAGGGUGGUGAGGGGUGGGGAUUGGUUUGCUGAGGCUGUGGGUCAGGGUAUGGCGUGGCGGGGUGAGGUCACGCUAGCAGAUGGAAAGGGACAGAAAUCUCUUUGCAUUCCAGGAUUAGUCUUGAGUUCAAGACCCAACGACGACUCAGCAAUUCAGGUUUCCACAUCGGCUGACACCAGCACUUGUUUGUCCCCACAAGGGAAGCCAUCCAAAUCACAUGCAGCCAAGAAGAUUGUUACAUUUUCAAGACAAUUAGAGGUCGUCUGUUCCGUCCGUCGAGCAGAUGUUCCGAGCAUAUUUGUUUCUCCAUUACAAUUCUCAUUACACUGUCUACCCAGUAGCAGACUGCCCAGAUCCGAGCACUUCUUGCAUUGGUUGAGGGAGAUCAGCCAAUCACACGACUCGACUGUGAUCAUGAGACUUCCCUGUAGGACACUCACGCCAAACACUCGCUCCAAUCGCAACGCCAGGCCGAUCAGUACAAAGGCUUGGAAAGAACAUGUCAAGACUUGUGCUGGUGAUUUGAAAGUACCAGACUUGCAUCUUCAUGAGACGCAGGAGUUCUUCUACCUUCUGGUACAUUGUGAUGGAAAACACAGUCAAGAUCUCGUAGCACAGGUCAUGUACUCGCCUCGUGAUCUGAGCGGAGACGUGCAUGCACAGCUAGCAGAGUACCAACAGUCACUCACAUUCGAUGACCUCCUGGGUGCUGGAACGACACUGAAGACAGUCCCAAGCCUAGAAGGUCAUCAAGUGCAGACAUUACUGGAAACCAUCAAGUUAGCUCAAGCUGAGGCGAUCAAAGCUUUCCUGGAGGAGAGGAAGUCAGAAGGCAGGGAACCGGCCAUGACCAUUGGUGAAUUACAGCAGCUGAUGGGAACCGUCUAUUCCAUUGCCAUGGCAGAAAUGGGUGAACUCUCAAAAACAAACAAAGUGGAUGAUGACAACGAUGUUGAGGAGGACUUGAGAAAUGAAAAUGUCAUCUCGGAGUUGGAUUGUAGCCCGUCCGGCUGGCUGCAGAAACUGGCUUUGCAGAACCACGAGGCUUUGGAGAGGAAAAUCAAACGUUUCAAGUCAGGCGAGAUGAUGCUUGCUGGGAUGGCUGUACCUGCUCCUGCAGAUAACACUAUCACCCUUACUGCAGAAGAAUUCCUGAAGCAUUUCCUAGCCAGCGGAUUGCCGAGCACAGAGGAUCUCUCUCCCAUCUCCAUGGCAUUGACCAGCAGGGCCGACGGUGUCAACACCCAGAAUGACUGUCCUGGCUUGUCCUGGGAUGACCUCAAGAAGGCAACGUUUGAACAGGCCCAGAAAUACACCCAUGCAGGAAUUCAGUACUUUUCAGAUUCUGGGCAGAGUCAGAAGAUGGAUACUCGCUUCUCCAAGAUGCAGCAGCGUUACAUCCGAUACGAGACGGCAUCCACCUGUUCCUCAGAUCAAGCAGCCUCACCAGCGACCCUGACACUCCCCCAGCCAUCCACCUCCACCACAGAUCCCGCUUCUGACACUGUUCAUCCCACUUCUGACACCAGUGAAACAAAAGGUAACCCUCAGAGGAACAGGCAGAAUGCCAGGGGUCAGCGAUCGGCUGAGAAGACCCAAAGGUCAGCUGAGAAGGGACAGAGGGCAGCAGACAAGGGUCAAAGGUUGAUGAGGCUUCAAAGGUCAGCAGAGAAACGUCGGAGGAUGGUGCUAGAGAGGAACCACAAGAUAAGCCCCGGGAGACCACUUGUCAGAGGCUUGAAGAGGAAGGGCGAAGUGACGGUAUCGCCAGCAAAGAAAAGAUUGGUUCCAACAAGAACAUCACCCCGCAAAAAAGUAACCCCAAGUGUGGCCCAGCAGGAAAAGCCACUCUCAGCGAAGACAAACAAAGAGUCUAGUCAGUCAUCAUCAACUUCCAGCUCAAAAUCAAGGACGAUGUCGCGAUCCGAAAAAACAAGAAUGAAACUACGAGAGGUCGUCAAAGAGUCGCUUGCGGGCCGAGGGAUCACAAAGGAAAGCAAAUGCUACAAAGCUUGCAUGGAGAGAUUGUACAGAAUGGCCGAGAUGUAUGUCAAGGAUCUGAAAUCGUCCAAGGGUCUGGAUGAGCAGAUGAAGAGUAUAGCGGAGGCCAACGCAGACUUUGUGGUGCAGUUUGAACAAAACAGAAUCAAGAAUGCUUAAGUUUGGAACCAGUACCUUUCGUCGAAGUAACUUUAAUAUGAUGUCACGCUUUUGUGCGUUUUCCUGUGGGAGCCAGGUGGGGACGCGAACCACCAACCUCCCGUA